GGCAUGAGGCUUGAUUCAGUACAUUUAUCCAUGCUGGUCAUCGGGGUCUCAUUCGCCUGCUACUCCCCGAGUUUGAAUUCCCUGCAGGACCAGGCUUACAAAUCCGCCGUGGUGAUCGAGGGCAAGGUGCAGUCUACGCCUCUGAACGUCUCCGCGGAGCCAUACAGUGUGAAUGUCAAAGUGCUGGAUGUUUGGCCCCUAAACAGCGGGGGUCUGGAGCGAGAACAGCUCGUCAUCGUAGGGGAAUUUGGAUCUGAGGCUCCGUGCACCAAAGUGAAGAAGAACCAUAAGUACAUUUUUUUCAUGGACCCCACUGACGAGCCCUUGGUUUUCAAGGCAUCGUUUGCGCCCCUGGACACGAGUGGAAAGAACCUAAAAAAGGAUGUUGGGAAGAUCUUGUGUGAAGACUGCGCUGCGGCUCCAAAGUUAAAACCGAUGAGGAAUCCAUUAAUAGUGGAUGAGGGAAGCAAGCUCACAGUUAAGUGUGAGGCCACAGGGAACCCUGCCCCGAUCUACAGAUGGUUCAAAGAUGGCAAUGAGCUGAAGAAAAGCAAAAAAGUCAGAAUAAAGAGCAGCCAGAAAAACUCCAGAGUCCAGAUCAACAGAGCAAAACUGGAGGAUUCUGGGAAUUACACAUGUGUGGUGGAGAACCAGCUGGGAAAGGACAACUCCACUGGCACUGUCAACGUCCAAAGCAUAACCACAACACCAUCUCCAGGCUCAGGCCACGCCAGAAGAUGUAACGACACAGAGAAGGCCUAUUGUGUGAAUGGCGGCGACUGUUACUUCAUACAUGGUAUAAAUCAGCUCUCCUGCAAGUGUCCAAAUGACUUUACUGGUGAUCGCUGUCAAACCUACGUUAUGGCCAGUUUCUACCAGCAUCUUGGGAUUGAAUUUAUGGAGGCAGAGGAACUCUACCAGAAAAGAGUCCUGACAAUCACGGGUAUUUGUGUGGCUCUGUUGGUGGUGGGCAUCGUGUGUGUGGUUGCCUACUGUAAAACCAAGAAACAAAGAAAUAGGAUGCACAAUCAUCUGCGACAAAACAUGUGUCCAGAACACCCCAAUCGAAACUUACCUAACGGACCCGAUCACCCAGGACCAGGACCAGAGGAGAUCCCUAUGGUAGAUUACAUAUCAAAGAAUGUCCCUGCAACUGAACGAGUCAUACGGCCUGCAACAGAGGGAUCGUUCCCUGCCAGCCAUGCCUCCUCCAGAUCUCACAACUCUUCCACACGAGCCCAUUCAUCAACUCACAGACAUGAGGAACGGACAUGGAGCCUGGAACGUUCUGACAGUAUCCUCUCUGACUCGCCGGGAAUGAUGUCAUCGUCCGUGGGGACCAGUAAAUGCAGCAGUCCUGCGUGCAUGGAGGCACGGGCCCGGCGCGCUGCACACUGUGGUUAUUCUGACCCCCAUCGGCCAGGUCUACAAUACGGAGACUCCUUUGACUCGCUGGGAGACUCUCCACACAGUGACAGAUACGUGUCAGCCCUGACGACACCAGCCCGCCUCUCGCCAGUGGAUUUCCAUUAUUCAUUGCCCCCGCAGGUGCCUACCUUCCAGAUCACAUCCCCCAAUGCCAGCCAUGCCAUGUCUCUCCCUCCUGCUGUCCACAACCCCUACCCUUUGGGGGAUGACCAGCCUCUGCUACGUCGCUACCAGGUGCCCCUACACGAUGCCCAGUGCCAGGAGCCCUACCGGCAGCAGCGUCGUACCUAUCUAAAUGACAGCAGGGGCAGCCUGCCUUCCAGCCCCUACCGGCUAGCUGAGGAUGAAGACUAUGAGACCACCCAGGAGUAUCUCUCCUCUCGGGAGCAACCAAAGAGAAGUGGGUCCAGUGGAACUGGUAGCCGGCGUUGGCGGAGAUCCAGACUGAAUGGCCACGUGGCCCCACGUGGAUAUGAGGCAUCUCGGGACUAUGGGUCUCGAAGCUGCCUAACAGAUAGUGAGUCAGAGGAGGACGGUGAGAGCACGCCCUUCCUCAGUAUGCAGAACAUGAAUGCUGAGCCCUCCACCAUCUACAGGCCGGUGGACAGUCGGACUUCUCACUCAUCAGGGCGGCACAGUGGGCAUGGGAACAUGCAUACAAGACUUACACACUCACGCUCCAAACCGGACAAUACACCCCAUUAAAGAGUGAAAAUGAACCAACAAAAAUCAAUAUAGUAUAGACCUGCAUCUAUAAGAAAUAUUUUUAUUUUAUAUAACUGACAGAUAUUCUAAACAAAUGAAAUAUUUAUUUUCAUUUUAGCAAAAGUUGUCUACUAGUUAACAGCAAAGACUUUUUUAUAGGGAAAACUCUAUUUAUAUGUACAUUUUGAUUUACAGCAUAAAAAGAUGUGCCAGUUUUUUCACAACGUAAAAAAUAGAGUAAUAUUGUGGUGCCUUUUGCUGUAUGCCGAUGCCAGAGGGCCAGUGGAGGUUUUUGUAGCCUUUCUUAUAUGGACGCCUCAUUUUUUAUACACAUUUAUGUUCUUUUUUCCUCUCUGGUUUCCUGUUUUACUUUCUUUCCAAGUUGCAUUCUUUGAGGAGUCUAGCCCCACUGGAAGAUAACCCCUUCCAUAUCACGCAAUAUAAACCACUCCAACAUAAAGUGUAUGUUUACAUUAAUAUAAUUCGCCUGUAGGGUUUAUGAUUUGGGAUCUAAUAGAACGCCUGAUAAAUACAAUGUAGAUCCU